CCAACUCUCUUAUUCUGUUCCGUCCUGUUCUGUUUCUUGCGCUACAGCGCCACUUUCACUCGUUCCCCUCCGGAGAACAUCUCCAACGCGCAGCCAGUCCUUCUCACCUGGCCCCGAGCGAAGGAUGCCGGGUGGUAUAGUUCAUUUACAUCUGGAAGCCUUCGCUCGCUUUCUCCACGCGGGGAAGUGGCCGGACUUCAAGUCCCGUCAAUCCCAGCUCUGCAGCUGCCUUGCUUCCCCAGCUGCGCGAGAGGCGCAGCCCAGAGGCGCCGUGCGCCCAAAACGAAACCGGUUGGGCGGCGACGACUCCGCCUUUGCUUCUGCGCCAUCGGAUGUGUUGCGAAAGCGGCGCAGCCGAGCAACUCUAGCUUGGCCAACCCAAGCAAGACUCAGCCCGAGCCGGCCAUGGCGGGGGAGACUACCAGAUGCAUCGGGGGCGAAGCGGAGACGUCGGAAAGUACCGCGGUGCCGCUGGUGGCUCUGAAUUACUCGGUGCGGCGCCGGCUGGGUCUCUUUCUCGACCCGCGCGCCCCGGUGGCGGCCGACUGGACGACGCUGGCGGAGGAGCUGGGCUAUGAAUACCUGGAGAUCAAGCACUUCGAAGCCCAGCGAAACCCCACCGUUCUCCUGCUGGACGACUGGCAGGCGAAGAGCCCCGGCGGGGCAACGGUGGGCCGCCUCCUGAGUCUGUUGCGCCUCCUGGGGCGCCAAGACAUCCUCACCGACCUGGGACCCAGCAUCGAAGAGAACUGUAAGAAGUAUCUCCAGAGGAAGCAACAGGAAGAAUCGGAGCGACCGGUUCAAGUCCCAGCGGUGGACAGUAGCUUUCCGAGAGCAUCCGAAAUGCAGGGCAUCACCACUCUGGAUGACCCCCUUGGGCGGAGCCCUGAGCUCUUUGACGCCUUCAUCUGUUACUGCCAGAACGACCUUCCUUUUGUGCAGGAGAUGAUCCAGGAACUGGAGCAAGCAGUACAUAAGUUGAAGCUCUGUGUGUUUGAUCGGGAUGUCCUGCCGGGCACUUGCGUGUGGUCCAUCACCAGCGAGCUGAUAGAGAGGAGGUGUCGGAAGAUGGUGGUGGUCAUCUCGGAUGACUAUCUUGACAGUGAGGAGUGUGACUUCCAGACCAAGUUUGCUCUCAGUCUUUCCCCAGGUGCCCGUCUCAAGCGCCUGAUUCCAGUUAAAUGCAAAAGCAUGAAUCAGGAUUUCCCGAGCAUCUUAAGGUUCAUCACCGUCUGUGACUACACAAACCCAGCUACCAAGAAAUGGUUCUGGACCCGGCUGGCCAAAUCUCUGUUGCUCCCAUGAUGCUACGAUGAAAGAACCAAGGGACCAAGAAAAACUUCACGUGAACACUUUUAAACCCAUUGGGAGGAGAAGCACCAAAUACUUUCUCCUACGAGCAUGUUGCCUAUGGGUUCUUGUGAAGGAAGGACCACAAAAACCAUCAUCCUGUGUUACAGAACCGGCAUAGGACCUGUUCUAGUUUCUUGUUUCCGAAAAGGGUAAUCAAAACACACAUACACACGUGCCUCCUCAUCUACCAGUGUACAUAUUUGCCAGCAUCUACCAGGCGCCUUGCCUAUGUGACCUCACAUUUCACCUAGUGCCAUAAAUCAUGGUUUACUUUAACCUUGAUUUCUCGACCAAGUCUUAGUGGGAUCGUUCACACAUAAUACCAAGCCAUGAAGCCCAGUUGAUAGUGUUUAUAAGCAAUGCUAAACCAAUCACGGUUUGUUUUAUUAAAGCCUAAUGCAGGGUACGAACUUUUAGAACUAUUAAAUCAGUGGAACAACUUGCCUGCAGAAGUUGUGAAUGCUCCAACGCUGGAAUUUUUAAAGAAGAGAUUGGACAACCUUUAGUCUGAAAUGGUACAGUUUUUCCUGCCUGAGCAGAGGGUUGGGCUCGAAGACCUCCAAGGUCCCUCCCAACUCCAUAUGCUCUGUUCUUGUGUAGGUAAAUCAGGGUUUAUGGCUUAAGAGUUAUUGUAUGUGCAAACGUAGCCUGCAUAAAUGUUACAAGCAGCCAAUUCUCCCUGUCCCAUUUUCAAAGCAGGGGGACAAGAUGGCCAUAAUUUAAAUCGGCAUGUUGAAUCCCAUAUACUUUGACUUUCAGCUGUGCCUGGAACCCAUGGGUUUCCACAAAACGAGGGUUGCGAAUAUGACAUCAUAUCGCAAAUGAUGCAAACAAUGAGUUUGGAUAAUGAUGAAGAGCUGUGAGCUGUGGUGGCGCAGUGGUUAGAAUGCAGUACUGCAGGCUAAUUCUGCUGGCUGCCAGCAGUUUGAUUUCUCAGCAGCUCAAGGUUGACUCAACCUUCCAUCCUUCCAAGGUCGGUAAAAUGUGGACCCACAUUGUUGUCUCUGCAAACCGCUUAAAAAGAAUACUGUGAAGCGGUGUAUAAGUCUUAAGUGCUAUUCCUAUAAUGAUGACAUGGCAGGUAAUAGUGUCGCUGUGGCUUCUACUAACACCAUUGGUAGUAUGGAUUGUGGUCCUGCUGAAAUCAUGCUUAAUUGUUGGAUCCCUUUAAUUUCAGAAGUAUUUGAGCAUCAUCAAAUUUGGAUCCAGCCCAUAUUUGGAGCAAGAGAAAAAAAAUUUUUUUUUUCAUUCAUCCCCAUCCUCAAACACAUUCAAACCUCAUGUCUCUGUCUAGGAUUGCUACAGUUACAUGUGGACUACAGGUAGUCUUCAAUUUAUGACCACAAUUGACCCCAGAAUUUCUGUUGCUAAGCAAAAGAGUUGUUUUUGCCCCAUUUUACAACCUUUUUUGCCACAGUUGUUAACUGAAUCACUGGAGUUUUUUAAGUUAGUAACACAGUGGUUAAGUGAAUGUCGCUUCCCUUUUGACUUUGUUUUUCGGAAGGCCGCCAAUGGGGAUCACAUGACCCCAGGACAAUGCAGCCAUUAUAAGUAACAUGCCAGUUGCCAAGCAUCUGAAUUUUGAUCAUGUGACCACGGGGAUGCUGCAAUGGCCAUAAAUGUGAAAAAUGUGAAAAAAAUCAAGUCACUUUUUUCAGUGCUGUUUUUUUUUUUUUUUAAUUUGAUUUAUAUGCCGCCCUUCUCCGGAGACUCAGGGCGGCUUACAAUGCGCUAAGCAAUAGCCUUCAUACUUUUGUAUAUUUAUACAAAGUCAGCUUAUUGCCCCCACAAACUGGGUCCUCAUUUAACCUACCUUGGAAAGGAUGGAAGGCUGAGUCAACCUUGAGCCUGGUAAGAUUCGAACCUGAAGAAAUUGCAGGCAGCUGUGUUAAUAACAGGGUGCAUUAAACCACUGUACUACCAAGGCUCUAUUAUAACUUUGUUAUAACUUUGAACAGUCACUAAACAAAUGGUUAUAAGUCGAGGACUACCUGAACCCUUCUACACAUACUAUGCCAGUGAUGGCUAAUCUUUUUGCCAUUGGGUGCCAAAGGCGGGGGUCGCACAGGUGGGGUCGUGUGGGUGUGUGCCCACCCAUAAUUCAAUGCGCCCCACCCCCUUGCACAUGCACACAUGCCCCCCCCCGUGCUCCCCCUGCUUUUGGCACGCGAUGGCAUGGUGGGCUCAGUAGGCCCGUUUUUCGCCCUCCCCAGGCUCCAGAGGCUCCGGAAGUUGGCUAACCGGCCAUUUCCAGCCUCCAGAGGGCCUCUGGUGGAGUGGGGAAGGCCGUUUCCGCCCUCCCCAGCUUCUGGAGCCUGGGGAGAGUGAGAAGCAGGCCUUCCUCACCCUCCAGAGGCCAGAAACAGUCUGUUUCCCGACUUCCGGUGGGCCCAGAAGGCCUGAAAAUCAGCUGGCUGGCGCGCACAUGCACCGUGCAGCUGAACUAGGGCAAUGCUUGUGUGCCCACUUAUAUGGCUCCGCGUGCCACCUGUGGCACGCGUGCCAUAGGUUUGCCAUCAUGGUACUAGGCCGUGAAUAAUAAAGUCCCUGCAAUCUUUGGGUGGAGAUGGUAAUUACAUUAGAAAGUUGAACGUAAAACAUUAAUUUUGGUGUGUUUGGCCACUGUUGCCAUAUGUCUGGAGGGGUGUGCGUGCUUUUUGUCUUUAUGAUGAAGUCAUUUAAGGGGACACUAAUCAAUAAUAAGAGUUUUGCCUGUGUACAAUUAAAUUUUCAAUUUUUAUCUGUCUCUCCAGGGGUGUGUGCAGGAUGGUCAAAAUAGUCAAGAUGGCCGGUGUGACGAUGUAGUCGAAGCUCCACCCAUUUUUUAAGUGCACUUAGAAUGUCAGCCAUGUUGACUUUUUUUCGACCACAGCUUGCAAACCACUCACUAUCUAUCUCAGGACCCUCAAGUGUCACGCCAAGCUUCAGCCUUAGGAUAUGUGACAUUUAGAAAUACUAUUUUGUGUGUGCGGCAUUUUAAUAGUUUUACUUCAGGGAUUAACAGCGCUUUUGUACGAUUAUAGUUAAUUCAUAUUAUUCAUUUCUGAGCUGGCAUGAUCUAUUUCUCCUGUUCACUUUCAUAGGCUGGUUUUUGGUUUCAGAUAUUUUAACCAUUUGCCCUCCUGCUCUCCCUUUUAGAUUAUUGUUUCAUAGCACUGGCCGAUGUAUUUUAAUUCUGAACUGCACUUAAUUCUAUAGUAGAGAUAGGGCACUGUGGACCCCUUUAUGACUUGUGGACUUCAACUCCCAGAAUUCCUGAGCCAGAUUUAGGAAUUCUGGGAGUUGAAGUCCACAAGUCAUAAAGGGGCCAUCGUUUCUCACCCCUGUUCUAGAUAAUCAAAGCCUCUUUUUUAUAUGGUGUCUACAAAAUAAUGAAAGAAAGAAGAAGUUUCUUAUUAUUGGGGGUUGUUCUCCCUCAGUUUGAUUUGUAGUUGAUUACAGAUGUUUAAAGUAAUCCAGUUCUCAAUUGUUUUGGAUUGGUUUCCCCCCCCCCCUUUUUUUUUUUUUGCCAGAGAGUAGGGGGAAGUGGAGAUUUAAUCUGAUUCGAAUGAAGGCAGAUCUAAUCAUGCUGUCCGCAGUAAGAUUCAAAACAGAGAAACUGUACUUUGAAAUUAGCACUUUCUGAAAGAAACUGAGCAAAAAACGUCUAUAUUGCUGGAAAUAACAAAAAAAAAAAGACAUUAACAAAAGACUAUUUAUCUUACAGUCACUUAAAGUGCAUACAAUUUUUUAAUGUUGAUUUUAAACAAAAGUGUACAGGGAUGUUGCAAACGGGAAUUUAAAAUGAAUAUAAAACUGGGUAAAUGAGAAACUGAUGAUUUGUGGGGGGUGGGGUAUUUUUUCACUUUAAAUUCAAGGAUGGUCACAAACAAUGUGCCAAUACAGGGUAAUAAUUAACCUAGGUUUACUGAGAAUCUGGAUUUAUUUAUGUUUGGAUUAUCAUGUGUUGGAAACAAAUUUUUGUAUUUUACUGUGUGUUGUGGAAACUAAUAUUGCUAUACAGGUAGUCCUUGAUUUACAACCACAAUUGGGAUCAGAAUUUCCAUUGCUAACCAAGGCAGUGGGUUGCACCUGAUUGUAGGAUCUUUUUGGCCAUGUUUGUAAAGCAAAUCACAGCACUUAUUAAGUAAAUCAUCUGGUCUUUAAGCAAAUACAGUUUUCCCCAUUAAUUUUCCUUUUUGGUGGAACAGCUUCCCUCCAGAAGUAGUUGGUGCUCCAACAUUGGAAGUUUUUCAGAAGAGAUUGGACAACCGUUUGCCUGAAAUGGUAUAGGGUUUCCUGCCUGAGCAGGGGGUUAGACUAGAAGACCUCCAAGGUCCCUUCCAACUCUGUUAUUCUGUUAUUAUUGGAAUCUGGCUGGGAAGGUCACAAUUGGCAAUUACAUGAGCCCUGGAUGUUGCAGCCAUCAUAAAUACUUAUUGGUUGCCAAGCACUUGAAUUGGAUCAUGUGAUGAUGCGGAUACUGUGAGAGUUGUAAGUGCAAGGACUGGUCAUAAGUCACUCUUUUCAGUGCCUUUGUGGCUUUGAAUGGACACUAAAACAAAUGGUUGUCAGCUGAGGACUACCUGUAAGGCACAUUUGGUUAUGUAAAUGUAAAAGAUUUCAAAAUCUUCCCUUCAAAUUCAGGACAGGUUGCCUGAAAAUGAGAAAGAAAAGCCAUUUGCAAAAGAAAAGGGAGUGGUGUUUUGUUUUUUUUUAAAACAACAACAACAUUUGUAAUGAAAUAGAUUGGAAAUACGACAUCUAAAUUCGCCAUUUGCAUUUCUCCAAAGGAUGUUUCAUAUCUUGCCUCCAGAAGUUUUAGAUGUUCCAGCACUGGAAGUUUUUAAGAAGAGAUUGGAUCAACCAUUUGAAAUGGUACAGAGUUUCCUGCCUGAGCAGGGGGUUGGACUAGAAGACCUCCGAGGUCCCUUCCCUUCUCUGUUUUUCUGUUAACUUCAUAAAAUUUCAACCAACUUAUUUCGUGAUAAUGCUUAUCUGUUCUUAAAAAAAAAAAAAAACACUUGCAAAUGGGAAGAUUCUGUUUGUUCAACUUCCUUAUAAAUCUGGACCAAGAUCAAAAUUGCAUUUGUAAACUCUUUGUUCUGUGUAUUUUCCAUGUUUACUGUUUCAAUUUUCUGGGGUUCUUUUUAAAAUGGUGUUUUUUGGCUGUUGAACAAUGUUCUGAGCACAUUUGGGAUAGAAAAAUCUUUUUAAUAAUUAUAUUUAAGUAUUGACUACCCUGA